UCUUACAUAAACUUUGCACCUGCUUCACGAAGGAGGAGUCUGCGUUCACGCCAGUGUCUUCACUUUCCUUCGUUAUGGUUUUCUAAUACAAGUAACUCUCGAAAUUUGACAUGUAGAGACAAUUUACAGUAAUGGGAAAUUGUUACGAUUGUUUUAGCUCACAACCAGAGGUUGAAACCCCGGAUCCGGAAAUUAGAAGACGACAGCAAGAGGAGGCAGCGUUGAAGCGACAGCAACAAGCUGAUGGUCGUGGAGUUAAGGAUCCAGAGAGACUGAAGAGACAACAGAAACGAAGAGAGGAUGCUGAGAGGGAGGCUUUGAAGCAUGGUCCUUCUGAUGGGGGAUUAAAGGUUAGCACAUUUUGGCAUGAACAAGUUCAUCUUUUAUAUUUUUAAUUACUUAUAAGAUGGAUGCCUUUUGUAUCAAAAGUGAUUUAUUUAUAAUGUUUUACUCAGUGGGUUUGGCUUGAUUGGUCUUAUUCAACAGGGUCAGUGUGUAGUUUCUUGGGUAUAAGUCACUUGAUGACCUAAGUACCUGUAGCUUAGCAGCCUUUGUAUACAUGUAUUCUACAAAGUGGUAUUAUAUGUGGGUGGAAAUCUAGAGCGACAGAGCUGAAAUAGGGUUAGAGAAACCAUUAACACCUGUUUUCACAACUUUGCCACUCAAAGCUUCAAACUACACACAAAACAACCAGAUAACAUGAAGGCUUCUUCUUUCCACUAAGGAGUAUUUUAAACAGUGUUAAAAUAUUACAAGGAGUACAAAAACUGCUUACCCUAAACUUAAAAGGAAAAAAUCAGUGGGAUGUAUCGACAUACUUAAUCAUUGACAGUCUGCUGGGUCAUUCGGCAAUAUCUCAUUAUUUUUAGUAUUUACCUUUUGUUGGAUGAAUGUAUUGUUGAGGAAGACAAUUUAAUCAGUUUGAGAAAUCAAUUUAUGAAAUAAGUACAGAUGAUGCCAUGUGCUUAGCAAACUUUUGAUUGAAAAGUAACUGUUAUUUGCAACUUUUAUGUUAUGAUUUAAGUAAAACAUGACGGCACGCUUUUGUAUCUCAUCCAUCAUUUCUAACUGUGAUCAUUUCAAUCUUUUCUAUGCAGUGGACAGUUGGAUAACUUUAGGACCAGGACAAUCCCU